CUUUUCACAAUUGGGUGUUUAUUCGCAGUUCAAAAAAGCAAAAGUUUUGGCUGCAAUCUGCGAAAGCAAGGCCAAAGCGCUGUCUGGCUUCAAUAAUCAUAUCUUUACUCUUCCAAAGAGCUACCCCACCAUCCCAUGUCAACUUUCGGAGAAUAUUUUAGGGUCACCACCUAUGGUGAAUCCCACUGUCGCUCAGUCGGCUGCAUCGUCGAUGGCUGCCCGCCUGGGAUGGAACUCACAGAAGAAGAUAUUCAACCCCAAAUGACUCGCCGGAGGCCUGGCCAAAGUGCCCUGACAACACCAAGAAAUGAGAAAGAUAAAGUGGAAAUCCAAUCGGGUACAGAGUUUGGAAUCACUCUCGGCACGCCGAUUGGUAUGGUCGUGAGAAAUGAAGACCAAAGACCCAAGGAUUACGGAGGCAAAACUAUGGAUAUUUAUCCACGACCUAGCCAUGCUGAUUUCACCUAUCUGGAAAAGUACGGUGUGAAGGCCAGCAGCGGCGGUGGGCGGAGUAGCGCAAGAGAAACCAUAGGUCGCGUUGCUGCCGGCGCAAUUGCGGAAAAAUACCUUCGACUGUCGCAUGGUGUUGAAAUCGUCGCAUUCGUUUCCUCUGUCGGAAAUGAGCACCUUUUCCCUUCAACCCCUGAAUCUCCUAGUGCCUCUACAAACCCAGAAUUCCUUAAACUCGUCGAAACGAUUGACAGAGAGAGGGUGGACUCUUUCGUUCCGAUUAGAUGUCCUAAUACUGAAGCUGCCCAACGCAUGACUAAAAUAAUUGAGGAUUUCCGUGACCGCCAGGACAGCAUUGGAGGAACAGUCACCUGCGUUAUUCGUAAUGUUCCUGUCGGUUUGGGCGAGCCUUGUUUCGAUAAACUCGAGGCCAAACUUGCCCAUGCUAUGUUGAGUAUCCCUGCAACCAAGGGAUUCGAGAUCGGGUCUGGUUUUGCAGGAUGUGAAGUGCCCGGAUCAAUCCACAAUGACCCAUUCGUCGUCACGACUGAGGAAGUAAAGAGCGGAAAUGGCACGACAAGCACCAAGCGCCUCACUACAAAGACAAACAAUUCUGGAGGUAUCCAGGGUGGAAUUUCCAAUGGUGCCUCUAUAUACUUCCGCGUGGCAUUCAAGCCACCGGCGACCAUUGGCCAAGCUCAAACCACAGCAAGCUAUGGUUUCGAGGAAGGUAUUCUCGAAGCUAAGGGACGCCACGACCCAUGUGUUGUGCCACGAGCAGUACCAAUCGUUGAAUCCAUGGCCGCCUUGGUUAUCAUCGAUGCAUUGAUGGCCCAAAACGCUAGAGAAACUGCAAAAAAUCUUCUACCACGUUUGCCUAAGACCGUCCCAACGCAUCCCACGGGCAUACAACCACAAUCUCAACAGUCGUAAAGAAAUGGGAUAUCCGUCUCGCUUAAGACGCGGCUCACAAGCCCACUAGCACUCCCCAGACCUAAGACGAUACAAACGGCGUUUUAGCCAUCCUCACUGCGCAAUUUAAGGAGCUAUAUAAUGUGCUGAUGGACACUUGUGUGCUACAGAGAGAUAUUUUUUUUCUUAAGCCCCAACUGGCAGCUCCUUGGUGGGGAGUCAUAGUUCUCAGAAAUGGUAAAAUGAUAGACAUCGAAGCCUUAAAAUCAAAAGGGUCUUUUUUUCUAGAAUUUC